CUCAUAGUACUAAGGCUGAGAUCAAACAUGUUCGCCGGCCAGAUACCGCCUCAGCUUUCAAACUUGAGCUCCUUGCAGGUUGUUGAUCUUGCAGAUAAUAACUUAGAAGGCCAUAUUCCUCUGAGUUUUGGAGACUUCAAAGGUCUGCUUGUCUUAGACCUUUCCCACAACCACUUGACAGGUGACAUACCAGAAGACAUCAGUGCUAUGAGAAACUUGAUUUCUCUAGACUUAUCAAAUAACGGUUUCUCAGGUGUCAUUCCAUCAACUAUGACAGGCAUGAGUUUUUUGAGCCAUCUUAACUUGUCUAACAACAACUUCUCUGGAAAGAUCCCUAAGGCAGGUCAAUUCUCAACCUUUGAUUCAUCUUCAUUUAGUGGAAAUGGUGAUCUCUGUGGCUUUCCACUGGCCUUGCAGUGUCAGCAGACUGAUGGUAAUAAUAAUAGUAUGCCUGAUGGUAGUGAUGAUUAUGAUGGUGAUGAUGUAUUGGAGGAUAAGUGGUUCAUUGUGAGUGUUCUUGCAGGAUUCUUUUGUUGGUCUCUUGGGAUUGUUUGCAGUAAUAUCUAUUAG